AUGGAAAAACACGUGGUAGUGGGCCAGUUUUUGCUUCUUCUUACACUCGUCUGCUCCGCUUACUGCACAAACAAGGUGCUCUUCAUCUCCUUUGAUGGCUUCCGACACGACUACCUCGACAUGGCUGAGAAGGAGGGAAGGAACAUCUCCGCCUUCAAACAAGUCCGUGAAGCCGGCUUCCAAGCGGAGGUGCAGAAUGUGAUGAUAACACUGACAUUCCCCUCUCACUAUGCCAUGGCAACGGGUCGCAAUGUGGAGAACCAUGGCCUUGUGGGCAACAACUUCUACGAUCCAGCUACAGAUAGAAAGUACAACUAUAAGAAAACAGAAAAAAAUAUACAGCCGCAUUGGUUUGAGUAUGGGGGUGCGGAACCACUGUGGUCCACGAACGAGCGACAUGGAGGUAGAAGUUGUGUCUUCCAGUGGGUCGGCAGUGAGGCGAGAGUUCACAACAAAAUGGCCUUCGCCACAUCCGGCCUCUAUAGCAAGGAUAACACGUUGGACUACCGCAUUGACCGAAUCAUGGAUUGGCUAUCGCGGGAUGAGUUCAACCUCGCCAUGAUGUACUACAACCAACCCGACAGCAACGGUCACAGGUACGGACCCAAUUCCUCGCAGGUGAUGGAUGCUGUGGAGGAGGACAACUAUGCUGUCGCCAAACUGUUGCAGCGAAUAGACCAAACACCAUCAUUGAAGGGGAAAGUCAACAUUGUCAUUUCCUCUGACCACGGAAUGACGUAUGUUCAUCCUAAUAAAACAGUCGACUUGUACACCCCAUUGUUGAACAUAAGCAAGCACAUCAUAUUAGACACUUCGCCGGCAACUCUCGGUUUGCGCACCAGAAACGAAUCCAUAGUUACAAAUGAGGAAAUAUUUAAGCGUAUAAAUGGCACUCCGCAUUUAAAUGUCUACCACAAGGAGGACAUUCCAGACCGAUAUCACUUCAAGAAGAAUCCAAGAAUAGCGGCAGUCUAUGCAAUUGCGGAAAAUGGAUGGCUAAUUAGUAGCAGAGAAGGCGGAUAUACGGAUUUGUAUGGAAUGCACGGCUAUGACAACGAGGAGCCCGACAUGCAUCCCUUCAUGCUGGCAAUGGGUCCUGACAUUCCACAUUUCGCCGACCGCCAACACUUCUACCAGAUCGACCUCUACCCCUACAUCUGUGCGAUGCUGGGACUGGACAAGCCGAACAAGAUCGACGGACUGAUCGACCGUGUGGUGCCGUUCUUGAAGAACAAGCCGAGUGAGGAGUACCUCCAACAAUUUCGUCUCUACGCUUCUGGUGCUCUCCUUCACUAA